AAGCACUGAUGAUCACUUCCUUGCAUUGACGUUCCACUGAUUAUCCUCCUUAGAAUUAAUUAGUAGCUAGCUAGCUGAACUAAUUAAAUUUGAUAAGGAAUGAAAACCAACAUGCAGGAUGGUGCACCAGAACUGGUUUUGGUCUGGAAAGCGUGGCUCUUCUUUGCUUUUGCCAUUGCUAAUAUUCUUGGCAACUCAAAACUAGCUGCAGGAAAAAAUCAGCAUGCUGGAAGAAAACUUGCUGCUGACAUUCCAGGUUUCAUGAGCAUCGACUGUGGCAGCGAUGAAGACUCGAUUGACAAGGAAACCGGCAUUCCUUACAAAUCUGACAAGGAGCUUGUAAAUACUGGAAUAGUUGCGACGGUAUCCCCUGAUUGGUCCGGCUACAUUACAGAGCAGUUCAAGAACCUGAGAAGUUUUCCGCAAGGAACAAGGAAUUGUUACGCCCUAAAACCGGAGCAAGUCAAAUACAAUAAUUAUAUGAUCAGAGCUCAAUUCCUGUACGGAAAUUACGAUGGCAAAAACCAGACCCCAAAAUUUGACCUGCAUCUUGGCCCUAAUUGGUGGGCAACAGUGAGUUCAUCUGAUCCGGUUUAUUACGAGAUUAUUUAUACUCCCUUGACGGAUUACAUAGAUGUGUGCCUUGUGAACACUAACAAUGGGAUACCCUUCAUUUCAACGCUGGAACUACGACGUUUGGACAAUUCCAUUUAUCGGACGGAGGACGGCGCACUCGCAAUCAUUAGCCGAUACGACGUCGGCAAAGACAUUAGAAGUGGAUCUCGCAGGUAUCCAGGCGACGUCUAUGAUCGCUACUGGGAGCCUUUGCUAAUUGAAGGAUGCAUUCCAAUCGCCACCAAUUCGACCGUUUUCAGCACCCAAGGCAAUGAUAACGCAUAUAAAUUACCGGCCGAGGUGUUGAGGACUGCCGCCGGAACGCCGAACGGUAGCAUUCCCUUGGCCUUAGUCUGGUCUCCUCCAAACUCUCUUUCUAAAUGUUAUUUUUACUUUCACUUUGCUGAGAUUGAGAAGCUCGGAGCCGGUCAGCAGAGGGAAUUCACGAUCAAUUUGAACGGCGAGCGCAACCUGAGAGAAUCUGUUAAGCUUGAUUAUCUAAACCCACUCACCGUGGUCCAGGAUGAUCCGCCAGUUAGUGGAAGCCGGCUUAAUUUUUCAAUCAAUGCAGCUGGGAUGACUAAGUUUCCUCCGAUCCUAAACGCCGUUGAGAUUUUUGAGUUGCAAGAGCUCCCAAAUAAGCCAACGGCCAUAGCUGAUGUUGAAGCUAUCAUGGAAAUCAAGGAACUGUACAACGUGAUUCGAAACUGGCAAGGCGAUCCAUGUGCCCCAAGUGAUUACUCAUGGGAGGGUUUGAACUGCAGUAACGACAAUCAUCCGAGGAUCAUCUCAUUAAACUUGAGCUCAAGCAAACUGGCAGGGGAGAUUGCAACUUCAUUCUCCAAUCUCAAAGCACUGCAAUCUUUGGAUUUGUCAUAUAAUGACUUAACUGGGCCAUUUCCAGAAGUUUUAACACAACUGCCGUAUUUGAACACCCUUGAUUUAAGUGGUAACAAAAUCACGGGUUCAGUUCCUGAGGCUCUUGUGCAAAAGUCUAAGGAUGGAAAAUUUGUCCUGAGAGUCGGCGACAAUCCAGAUCUUUAUCAAUCAGCUCCAACCAAGAGAAAGAAGAAAAAUGAGAUUGUUGUUGCAUCGUCUAUAGCAGUCCUGAUCCUUCUGUUCAUCUUUAGUACUCUGGCUGGUACUCUGGCUAUAUAUAGAAGGAAAAGACGAAGAGAGACAAGUUAGAGUAGUCUCGGACAACAGGACAGCGAUCACGAAAUCAAGAGCUCGAGCUAGCAAUAGUAAGCCUAUGGUAUAUAAUUUUGUAUGUGAGUAGCGGUUUUAGGGUAUACGGAUGCGGAAACUGCAUCCACAUACCCUUUAUAUAUAUACACACACAAAUUUUUAUUAUAUAUUAUAGUUGAUAUAUUCAAUAUAACAUAAUGACAUCAACAUCCACUUAUGAAUAUGUUAUAUUUAGACAAUUUAUGUUUUUUAUGUUACGAAUUUGUAAUAUUAUUAUUAUUUUUUAUGUUAGAUUUGUAAUUUACGUUUUUUUAUGUUUGCUAGCUUGAUUGUUA